GUGGUCAAGCGUGGAUCCGCUUGAAGGGCGAGUAUGCACCCAACGAGCCUGGCAAUGUCGUGGCACGCCUGAGGCAGCUCAUGCCAACGCAGUUCGUGACAAACACGGACGUGGCCAACGAGAUCGAGAAGCUGGACCUGGAUAUCAGCAAGUAUGAGAAGGCGGCCGAGGAGCAGCUGAGCGACAACAUCAGGAAGGGGAUCUUGCUCGGCGCGCUCCAGAACGAACACGACCUGCAGAAACAUGUCUCCCGCAACCUGCGGAACCUGGGCACCUACCUCGACGUGAAGAAUGAGGUCCUGAAUGCCCUGAAGGCCCAGCGCAGCUUUGACGACGACGCGAUGGAGAUUGGCGCGGUGAAGGGAAAGCCGAAGGGAAAAGGAAAAAAGGACGACUGCCGCAAGUUCAAGCGAGAGAACGAGGCCAAUCCGGGAGCAAAGAAGAAGGCCAAGGAUGAGAAGAAGCAGCGUCGUGCCACGGCGGCGGCACUGGCCGCAGGUGGUGGCAUGGUCCCUGCGGGACUUGUCCCUCCGCCUGGGUGCGACGGCGCUGGCCAGCGCUCGCAGCGCCUCACGCGCCGCGCGGUGUGCAGGGGGCCGCAGCAGCACGCCCCGAAUUCAUCGGGGGCAGCCUCGAGAGCGAGCACGAUCCCGACGGUGCCGACGGGCGCGCGCGGGAUCAACGGCUUCCUUGCAGAGCAGGACGCGAUCAAGCCGAAGUGCAUCUUCGCCCUGUCGGCGGAGCACUCGAGGCCGAUGGCGAGGUCGGCGGAACCCGGUAGAUCGAGGCGCAGCGCGAGCAGUGACAGUGUCUGUGUCUCAGGCAUCCGCGGGGUCAGAGGGGUCACGAUAGACUCUGGGGCCCAGAUCACAGCGUUCCCCUGCGACAUGCGGAAGGGCAAGGGCUACGUGCUCGCCAAGUCGGGGGUCUCCAAGCUGCGGGCCACCGACGGCGCGGAGGUGCGUCGCUGCGGCAAGACGGAUGUUCGGCUGAAGACGGGACAGGAAGUGAUCCAGAUCUCGGCGGAGGCUGCCGACGUGGCGUUCCCAGCGAUGUCCACUGGCGCGAUUGCGAAGCAGGGCAAGUCGGCGAUCCACUCUCCCCUUGGGGAUGGGAUUGUGGACAGCCCGAUCUCGCCCCCAGCAUCGGCGAACAAGAUUAAGCUGAGGAAGGAUCGCGGCACGUGCUACCUGGAGGACGACGAGAUGCUGGGCGGCUUUUCCGAGGGCAAGCGGGCGGCGCGCAUGGCGAGCAUCGGCGAGCUGGGCGAGGGCAUCGGCGGGCUGGGCGAGGUCAUCGGCGAGCAGCUGGGCGAGGAGCUGUACCUCAGCGCGACGCGCAAGACCCCGCGCGCCCAGGUCGCAGCCGCCGAGGCCCGACAGCAGCUGCCGACGGCACUCGGGCCAGACCCCAGCGAGCACGUCACCUUGAAGGCGAAGGCGCUCGCGAGGCCCGGGCAGCCCUCGGACGAGGAGAGACGCGGCGACGAGUGCCCAGUCGUGGAGGUGGACUUCUUCUACGUGGCCACUGACGGGAUAUCUAGGAAGUACCCCAUGGUGAACGGCUACGUCGUGAAGGUCGUCGACUUCAGGAAGCUGGAUCACAAGGGGCGCGGGGAGCUCCCCGCGACCCUGAACGUCGUGGUCUGCAGGUCCAACGCCUCAGGUCGCACUACGAUAUUGCGGCAGGGCCCAGCGUACUCAUCCAAGAGCAUGGGGCGCAUCGAGGCCAGCAACGGAGCAGCUGCGGGACCACUCCGCACGUUGCGGUUUUCACUCGAGACCAAGCUAGGCUGCAAGCUCGAGCUCUCGGACUCCACCCUCGCCUUCCUCGCCGACGCGGUCGGCUGGUACAUCGCGAGGUUCCAGCCGAGAAGCCACGGAGGAUCUAGCUACAAGUACCUCUUCGGCCACGAGUACGUGGGCGAGGUGGCGGAGGUCGGCGAGCAGAUGUGGCGCCGCAUCGCGGCUCGAGUCGCAGAGGGCCAGGGCAGGUUCGAGGCGCGCUUCGUGAAGGGCAUCUGGGUGGGCAAGUCGGAUCUCGAGGACCAGCGCCUGGUGGUCGACCUGCAGCGCGGCCUCUUGAAGGUCCGCUCGGUCCGCCGCACGCCUGAGGAGUUCCGCUGGAACGCUGAGCUCGUGGAGCAGAUUGACGUCGCACCUUGGGUCCCUGUGCCUGAGCGAGUGAGGUCGAGCAUCGGGAAGUCUAUGUAUAUCACAGAGAACGUGUUGAGCACUUACGGCCCGACGGACGGCUGCCCGAAGUGCACCUACGGACGGGGCCAGCGCAGUGGGCAGUGCAGGCAGCGCUUCGAGACCAUCGCGCAGGAGAGGCUCGAGGCGAAGCUUUCGGAGGAGGCCAGGGGCGGGGCCGCGCCAGGCACUCCGGCGGCGCCGGGGCCAGCGCCCCAGGCCCCCCCGCGCGUGCCUGCCGACGCGCAGGCGGCGGCCCCGAGACCAGCGGCGGCAGCGUUCUCGACAGCGCCCGCGCCAGUCGCGGCGCCUGCGACCCCAGGGAUGGACACGAGCGCGCUUAAGGCACUGGCGCGAGGCCCAGUAGCAGAGACCUCAGAGCCGAACACGCGGCAGAGGAUCGGGUCGCUGGUGCAGGCCCCCGAGGUUGUGGUCAUCGCGGGCCUCUCAGUCUGCGAGCUGGCGGUCUGCGAGGAGGACGACGACCAGGGAGAGGGCCCGCUCUGGGACCCGAUGCCGAGGGCUGAGGAGCGAUGUGAGGGCUUGUGCGAGGCGCACGUGGGCCGCUGUGCCUACCGGCACGACCAUGCUGGACAGUGUGCGCGCAGGGGAUGUCUCAUCGGCUGCGCCAAGGAGCUCAAUCCAGACGCCGAGGUCGUGGCGGGCCUGUGCGCGUUGUGGUCGAGACGUAGGGCGCGCGAGCAGCCCGACUGGAACCUUGGCCCGAAUUCGCCCGAGCCGACGGUGAAGAUCCACUACGAUUACUACACGGGCGAGCCCCUCGACGAGGAGACGUACCAGAAGGGCAAGGCAGACGAGCUCCAGGCCAUGGCCGAGCACGGCGUCUACCGCAAGAUCCGCAUCGCGGACUGCGAGCCUGGUGGCAAGCACGUCGGGGGCUUCCCCAUUGCGCGCGAGAAGGCUGGCGAGGUGCGCUGGCGCUUCGUGGCGACGGAGGUGGCCCACCAGCACCGCGAGGCGUUCUUCAACAGCGAACUGACAGAGAAUAUCUACGUCCACCCAGGCAGCGAGCUGUGCGAGCGAGGCUACUGCUGGGAGCUGUUCAAGGCCCUGUACGGGACCCGACUGGCCAGCCAGCUGCGGGGCGAGAACGUGAAGGCUACCUCGGACGACGCUGGAGGCAAGGCGCUGAAGUGCGCCCCUGGCAUGGUCUGCUUUGCCAACCUCUGCAGCGACGGCAACGACGCCACGAUGGGGGUCCACGGCGACGACUUCAUUGCGGAGGGCCAUGUCGGGACGCUCGACCAGCUGGAUGACGUCCUGAGCGUGGAGUACGAGAUCACCUCAUCGCCGCCGCUGGGGCCUGGGCGCCCUGGAGUUGCCCGCUACCUGAAGCGCGUCUACGGCUACGUCGACCAGCAGCCCGAGACGAUGCUGCCAGGCUUCUUCUGGCACGCGGACCCGAAGCACGUGACGGAGAUCAUCGAGUUCGGAUCCAAGGAGGGCGCCAAGGUGGUCGACACCCCAGGCACCAAGGCGAUCGGGGCGCAGCUGCACAAUGCGACGGGCCCGAUGCCCACGACCGGGGCACGCAAGACAGCAUCAACGGGAGGCCUCGCGCUCUACCUGGCGGCGGAUCGGCCCGACAUCAUGUUCUCGAGCAAGACCAUCAUGCAGGACGUGGGCAAGCCGAGCUAUCAGAUGAAUGCGAGGCCCAUGCGGCUGGCCCGAUACCUUGAGGGACACCAGGUCCUAGUCUGGCGCUACGAGCUGCAGGGCCUGCCAAGUAUCCUGGGGGCCGACGGCGAUGCAGACUGGGCGGCGCCGACGGCAGUGGCGCGCAAGAGCACAUCUGGAGGCGCGAUCAGGUUCGGCAAUCACACCUGGGAGUGCUAUUCGGCCAGGCAGGCCACCCAAGCUCUCAGCAGUGGCGAGUCGGAGUUCUACGCGCUCGGCUCGGUCGCGGCGCGGGGCUUGCAGAUGAAGUUCUUCCUGGGCGAGGUCGGGAUCGAGGUUCGCCUGGUGGUGGCCUCGGACAGCGCGGCCGCGCGGGGCAUGGCCCAGCGGCGCGGAGUGGGCAGGGUCCGCCACUUGGAGCUGCGCUACCUCUGGAUCCAGGAGCGGCUACGACUCCAUAUGUUCGAGCUCGUGAAGGAGGACACGCGCGAGAUGGUGGCGGACAUCCUGACGACGUAUGCGGACGAGGAAAGCAUGGCGACGCACCUGCACGAGCUGAACCUGAGGAUGACGGGCGCAGCCAUGACGCUCUCGACUCUCCCGGUGAUCCCUGGCGCGGCGGCGGCCAAGGACCAGUGCGAGAUGGACUGCGAGGGCGAGAAGCUUGAGGCAGUGCAGUCGGGGGUGCUCCCAUGGCUGCUGGUGAGUUUGGUCGUGGUGCUCUGCAUUAUCGCGUACCUCUGCGGCUGGUGCGUGGGCAGGCACAAAGCGGUCUCGCAGACGGCCGAAGAGGGCCCAAGAGCGGCGUUGAUAGGCGAGAGGCACCAGCACCACGAGGAGUAUGCCGAGCCGAAGCAGCAGCAGAGAACGCAGGUCUACACCGUCGGCGAGCUGCGGGAGCUGCUAGUCGAGCGGGGCCUGGUGCUCAAGGACGGCUGCAGGAGGAAGGAGAAGCUCGUCGAGAGCGCUGGAAGGAGCAGCCCGACGGAGAUGCAAGUGAUCGCCCAGCUGACGAAUGAGUGGAAGGACCACGGUCGCGUGCUGGCGAGCGGACGUGACAUCCAAAGGAUGCUCACCGCCACCGCGGAGGUCAUGAACCGCCUGCGG